AUGCACAAAAAACUACAAAGGGCUAUAUCUCAAUUAAUGAUCUUCCUCUGCAUCCUCUUCUUCAUCCUAUACCUCAACCGCCCACAAAGAACCCAAGAGAAAAUUUUCGCAUGGACCAAAAUCCGCUACAAAACAACCUCAGCCAUCAUCCCUGAGCGAAGAGGCAUCUGCCCAGGCCUAGCAGGAAGCACGAAACCAGCCUUGAUAGUCGCGCGCACAGCAGCAGACGGCAAUCCGUCCUGGCUGGAGAACCUGCGGGCAAAGUAUCAUGUAUGCAUAUACAAUGUCGACGCCCCUACCGACAAAGAAAGCAACUUACUCCAAGUCCCCGCAAACCGCGGCCAUGAAGCAAUGACCUACUUAACCUUCAUCAUCGACAACUACGAUGAUAUCCCGUCUGCAGGCGCAGUCUUCGUCCACGGCUCCCGUUGGGCCUGGCACAAUGACGCACCGGACUAUGAUAAUGCCGCGCUGCUCGCGGCUUUGGAUGUCCGACGCGCGCUCCAGCCAGCGGGGUAUCACAAUAUGCGUUGUGACUGGAGUACCGGGACGUGUCCUUCGUCUGUCCCCGCACAGGGUAGUCUCGAGAUGAGAUUGCAGAGUGCCGUUGCGCCGUGGAGUCCGCGUGCUGCAUCAGAUAUGGCGCUGCCGAAGGCGUUGGCUCAUAUCUUUGGUGGGGAUUUUGAUGAGGCGCUUUCAUCUCGCAUUGAGCAGCAGGUGCAUUUGCAUCUUGGGCGGAAUGAUGCCGUGCGCGCCCAGUGUUGUGCGCAGAUUGUUGUAUCGCGCGAGCGGGUGUGGCAGCAUACUCUGGAGGAGUAUGUUGCGCUUCGGCAGUGGUUGCUUGAUGGGAGUGAUGAUGGGGUUGCGAGGCGGAUGAGUGUUGAUGAGAAGGCGGCGCCUGGGGAUGAUCUUAUUGCUGGGCGGGUUUUGUCUUAUUUGUGGCAUAUUUUGUUUGCGCCGUUUGAGGAGGAUGGGGGCGUUGAUUUGAUGAAGCUUAAUCGGUUUGCUUGUCCUUCUGCCGAGGAGUGUUAUUGUCGCCUUUAUGGGAGGUGUUCUUUGAAGUGUCGUGGUCCUGCCAGUUGUAGUGGGCAGUACCGCGUACCUCAUAAUUACAAGUUGCCGGCGGGUUGGGCAGAGACGCAUUCAUAG